CAGCCUGGCCUCGUUCCCAAGGCUUCAUUCCCUUCUCUCUUCUCUUCUCCCUCUCUCUACUCCCUCGAUCUUCGAUCGAAAGCGCUCCCAAAUUGAAACCAAGAACCCUAAUUUCUUCUCAUGCUCUCAUAGAUCUCUCCGAUCUCUUCGAUUCCAUCAUCAAUGGGGGAUUUCAACCUCGCUCUGGUGAUAGUUGCCGCCGUCGUUUGCGUUCUCGUCUUGCUCAUCAACCUCUACCUCCUCGUCAACUACCAGCACCCUGAUGAUGUUAACCAGGCUUACUUCCCCAAGAUCGUCGUCGUCCUUGGCCUCUCCAUCGCUGCUAUCUCCAUCCUCAUGCUCCCCGCCGACGUCGCCAACCGUCAGGCCUGCCGCCACGCUAUCUACAACGGUGCUUGCUCUCUUACGCUUCCUAUGAAGACCCUCUGGCUUGCUGUCUAUAUUGCUGAUGCUGUUCUUGUCUUCCUUGUCAUCCCCUUUGCCAUGUUCUACUACGAGGGCGACCAGGAUAAGAGUGUGGGGAAGAGGCUUAGGAGUGCGCUUUUGUGGGUGAUUGCAUCCGCCAUCAUCUGUGGACUUGUUCUUGGGAUUCUCUACGGUCUAGUGGGCAAAGUGGACUUCACAGUCAGGCAUCUCUCAUCAACGACUACAAGUUUUCCAAGCUCAUUUACUGAGUUCUCAAGUUCGCAACCUUGUGUUGGAUCAACCGCACGCCAGUGCUCUGCCUAUAUAGCUAGUGCCUCUUCAGAAACAACUUGGACAAUGCGGGCCACCUUUCCAGAAUAUGUGGUUGCUCUAACAACUAUUGUCGGAUCAGUUCUUUUCUCGAUUUUUGGAGGUGUAGGCAUAGCAUGCCUUCCUCUAGGACUCAUAGCUUCAUUCAUAAGACGCCCCAAGGCUGUAAUCACUCGUUCUCAGUAUAUAAAGGAAGCAACUGAAUUAGGCAAAAAAGCGAAAGAAUUGAAGAAGGCAGCUGAUACCCUUCAUCAGGAAGAGAAAAGUAGUUCUAAAGGGAGGAAGUGGCGCAAAAAUGUUAAGGCUGUUGAAAAGGAAUUGCUUCUCUUGGAGGAUGAUGUGAAAGCUCUUGAGGAAAUGUACCCUCAAGGAGAAAAGGCAGAGACUGCAUGGGUUCUAACAGUUCUUGGUUAUUUGGGAAAACUUGUAUUGGGAAUCAUAGGGGUCAUCGUCUCAGUGGCUUGGGUUGCGCACAUUGUGAUAUAUCUAUUGAUUAACCCUCCUCUUUUUUCUUUCCUAAAUGAGGUCUUCAUUAAAUUGGAUGAUGUGUGGGGACUACUUGGCACUGCAGCAUUUGCGUUCUUUUGCUUCUACCUUCUGCUUGCUGUUAUUGCAGGGGAAAUGAUGCUUGGUCUGCGAUUAGUGUUUAUAACCAUUCACCCAAUGAAGUGGGGUGGGACACUGAUGAAUUCCUUUCUUUUCAAUGUUGCACUCAUUUUACUAUGUUCCAUCAGUGUUAUACAGUUCUGUGCCACUGCCUUUGCUUACUAUGCACAAGCAACCGCCGCUGAGGAAAUUUUUGGCCACACGCUUCAAUCUCUUCGUGGAAUCAAGUAUCUAUACAAGUACAAUGUGUUCCAAAUUGCCUUUAUUGCUUUUGCGGCGUUGACAUUCGUCUACUAUCUAUUAUUUGGAUGGAGAAGGAGAAGACCUGCUGCUGGCAGGUUUCAACUAACUAACUAAUCACUUGCGUUAUCGAUCGACCUUUUUUUAUUUAUGGAGAGCAUACAUAUGAUUUCUAUCUGUAUGUAA